GUGGAGGACGAAGCAGAACCUGGAUUAUUGUUUCCUGAUGAUGUACGCUCAGUCCAAAGGAACCUACUACGUUCAGUUGGAGGACGACAUCGUGGCUCGUCCAAACUUCUUCUCCACCAUGAAGAACUUUGCUCUGCAGCAGCCGUCAGAGGAUUGGAUGAUCCUGGAGUUCUCUCAGCUCGGGUUCAUCG